GAAGAAGACUUGGAGAGGAGAUCAUGAUUCACACUAACUGCAUGAAGAAUUUCCUUGUGUUAAAAUGAAUGAUAAACCCAAUAAAUUGAUUUUCAUCCCAAUUUUAGCCAUUCUUUUUGUUAUGAUUGGGUACCAGUAUAUUUGUCCGGCAGGCGGUCAGGCUUGCCAUUUCAGGACAGGAGACAAACUCGUUAGGAUCGGUCCUCCAGCCACUCCUGACUCGAUCACCGAUGACUUGUACCGGGAGCAGGACCCGGAGGAAGACAGCCCAUCUAAAUGUGCGUCUAAAUUCAACUUCACAGAGCGCGAUCUGACACGCGAUGUCGAUUUCAACAUGAAGGGAGAUGAUGUGAUUGUGUUUCUGCACAUUCAGAAGACAGGCGGGACCACCUUUGGCAGGCACCUGGUCAGGAAUAUUCGCUUGGAGCAGCCGUGCGACUGCAAAGCGGGACAGAAGAAAUGCACGUGCCACCGGCCGGGAAAGCAGGAGUCCUGGCUCUUCUCUAGGUUCUCCACGGGUUGGAGUUGCGGUUUGCACGCAGACUGGACUGAACUGACCAACUGCGUGCCUGUGAUUAUGGACAAAAAGCAGUCUCCAAAGCGCAAGAGGAACUUCUACUACAUCACAAUGCUGAGAGACCCUGUGUCACGUUACCUGAGUGAAUGGAAGCAUGUGCAGCGUGGCGCCACCUGGAAGACUUCCCUUCACAUGUGUGAUGGUCGCUCGCCCACACAGGAUGAGCUGCCCACCUGUUAUAACGGAGUCGACUGGUCAGGGGUCACACUGCACGAGUUCAUGGACUGCCCUUCAAACCUGGCCAACAACCGGCAGGUGCGCAUGCUGGCCGAUCUCAGCCUGGUUGGCUGCUACAACCUCUCCACCAUGAACGAGAGCGAACGCAACCCCAUUCUCCUGGCCAGUGCCAAGAGUAACCUGAAGAACAUGGCCUUCUACGGCCUGACAGAGUUCCAGCGCAAGACGCAGUACCUGUUCGAGCGCACUUUCCGUCUGCAGUUCAUUUCCGCCUUCACGCAGAUCAACAGCACGCGUGCCGCCAAUGUGGAUCUGCGUGACGACAUGCGCAGACGCAUUGAGCAACUGAAUUUCCUGGAUAUGCAGUUGUACGAGUUCGCCAAGGAACUUUUCCUGCACAGAUACCAGUUUAUCCGUCAGCGUGAGCGGCAGGAGGAGAGAUUGAAGAGGCGGGAAGAGAGACGCUGGCUCAGGGAGCGCCGAGUCAACCAGAGUAGACAGUCCAGUGUGGGAAACCAAUCUCAGGUCACCACAACUGAGGACUAUGCCAGCCAAGUGGUCCAUUGGUGAUUCCUCUUGGAAACAUGCACUAGGAUACAGAGAACAUAAUGGCUCACUAGAGGAAGAUGUGGUUUAUUCAAGAUUUCUGCUGAUUCCUUUGCAAUGAAAUUGAGACAGCGAUGUAGAUAUACAGUAGACUGCAAACCAAUUGCUGAAAAAGGAUGAUCUGUGUUCAAUCGCCAUGCAACCUCCAACAUCUUUGUGAAGGAACAACAAACCCUACACCACAGAGGUGAAAGAAAAUUCACAUCACAAGAAGAAGAAGGAAAAAAAAAAGAUUGUACUCAGUUAAUAAUAGGCCAAUUGCUUGUCUCAGUAGUUCACAUUUGACCUGGAAUGGAGCAUUAUAAAUACUAUAGGAAUAUCUGUACACAGGAUGAAUCCAAUAUGAACUGCAUUAUGCAGCAAGAGAGAAGUGUGUGUUUGUUUCAGGAAGACUGAAUGAAUGGGUGAGUAUUUGUUUCUUCCCCAAUGCCGUUUCACAUAUUUCUGUAGUCCUCACUAAAACUUGGACUGUCUGGGAGAAUUUUUCUGAAGCUAGAACUUCCAGGUCAAAGGGAAUGAAGCACUUGUGGUUUUUACAUCCUUGAACAACUGGCAGGUUAAAAGAAAGCAUUUUCUGGUCUGCUUUGUGGCACCUUUUAAAAACUAGAUCCUCAUAUGAUUUGUGCAAAUGGAUAACAGAUAUAAACAGUGCUGAUAUCAAUCACAUCCAAACAAAACUGAGGAUAAUGGGUUAUCUUCUAUCCCUAAAAUAAAUAAAAAAAUCUGUAUUGCUCAUUGUGGUUAUGGAG